AUUUAUGGGAAUAUAAAAUCAAUUGAUGGUCAUUGCAAAGUGUGUUUAAAGUUGGUAAGAAGUGACCUGUUUUCUUCCAGUAUAAGGUUAAAAGACAAAGUUGCCUGGUUUCCCGAUCAAAGAAGAUGAAUUUUCAAAUACUGUUGCUGCUUGUGAUUUCUGUAAAUACAAAUGGAGAAAUACUUCGUCUGCCAUGCAAGAUCUUUGCCAAUUUUACUGCUGUGCUUCAUGAUCAAUCACUUAGUUCUACAUUUCGUUCUUUGGACAACUUGGAUGAGCAGAUGUGUAAGUUUGAAUGCAUCAUGGAACAUCGAUGCAAGUCUAUAAAUUUAAACAGAGAGCUUGGUAUUUGCCAGUUGAAUAGCAAAUCAGCACAGGAUCCAAAAGAUUUCAUUGAAACGCAAAUAAAGGAGGGUUGGACAUAUUAUUCAACCCGUUUUGAAGAGAAAAAUGUUGGUCAGUAUUGUCAAGCAAAUGAUCCUUGCAGCGCCGGACAUAAAUGCAUUGACACUUGCUACUGCCCAGGGUAUAAAUGCAUUGCAAAGAAUAUCGCCUAUAAGAAGCCAUCUUCCCAUUCAUCAACCCAUACAUAUAACGGAAUAGAACUUGUUGCAAGCUUCGGAAAUGAUGGUGACAGAACGGCAAACUGGCAGAAAUGUAGUUUCACCAGUUAUGAAGAGCAACCCUGGUGGCAAGUGAAUCUUGAAAAGGUAGCCGCUGUUACACAUGUUCGGAUAACAAAUUCUGUAGCCUGGCCUACACAUGAUAUAAACCCAUUCAAUGUUAGUGUUGGAAAAGAUAGCUCAAACGGCGGAAGAAACAAUGCGCUUUGUGUAAAUGGUGGAAGGUUGGCUAGUGGCGAGAUGAAAACUUUUUAUUGUCCAAAGCUGAUGAUGGGUCGCUACGUGAGUGUGUUUUUGAACAGGAAAGAAUUUCUUCAAAGAAAGCGAACUUUUGCUGUCGAAACAAGCUGGGAUCCUUUUGCUUUGAUUCCAAAACACCCAGAUGAAAAGAAGAUGGCUCAUUUCCAUCAAAAUUUUAAGGGCGAGAUGCAGCAAGUUAAGAUUUAG